UGUUUGGUGUCAUGUUGGAUUGGCCUUGAAUUGAAUCCUAGAAUUGAUAAAUAUUUUUAUUAAUCUUCGGCGUUGUCGGCACGAAGUCUUUUUGUUAUCUUGCCUAGAUUUAUAAGAGCUCUAGUAAACGAAGAUGUUCAGGCAAUGAACAAAUGAAAUAAAGUGCUUUGGACCAGUCUGAGUAAUUUUUAUAACCUGAAAGUAAAUUGUAAACAUAACGUAGACCGUUGUAAAUCGAGGAAAAAUUUAAACAUUAUACAAUGGAUUUGAGACUAAAACAGGUGAUGUUAAUAUAAAUAAACUGUCAUUUUAUUAUUUUGGGUGUAAUACCUGAUAUCCUCAACUGAUAAAAAUUUAUUUGUCAUUAUGAACAGAAGCAAGAGUAGUAAUGGCAAAAUGUUGAAGUCAUUAACGUUUGAAACAGAUAUGGACGCGGACGGAUAUCGACUCAUAAAUAGUGAGAAUAAACCACCUGAUAUUAAACAUAACAAAGAAAAUGCUUGGGUUGCUGGUGUGCAAAUGUUUAUAUCAUUCUUGGUCGCCGGCUUUGGCAUGGUAGCAGCCAGUCUUCUACUUGAUUUUGUGCAACAUUGGCCUGUUUUUAAGGAAGUAUCAGAGGUUUACAUCUUAGUACCUGCUCUUUUGGGACUUAAAGGUAACCUGGAAAUGACGUUAGCAUCACGUUUAUCAACUCAUGCUCAUUUGGGUCACCUUGAUACCCACCUGGGUGAAUUGGUUUUUGGCAACCUGUGUCUGAUUCAGUGUCAAGCUGUUCUGGUGGGAUUUCUUGCUGCAAUGGCAGCAGUUGCAAUGGGCUGGAUACCAUAUGGAGAGUUUGACAUUCAUCAUGCAAUGUUACUGUGUGCUUCAAGUGUCCUCACAGCAUCUUUAGCAAGUUUCGUGUUAGGGCUUAUCAUGAUAGGUGUGAUUGUUAUCUCAAGGAUGAUAAAUAUAAACCCAGACAAUAUUGCCACACCAAUAGCUGCCAGCCUGGGUGAUUUGUCAACCUUGGCAUUGUUAUCUUGGAUAGCAUCCCUGUUGUACAAUCCGCUUGGCACAAGUAUUGUAUUAUCAUCUAUUAUUGUGAUUAUUGGCGCAGCUCUUGUGCCUGUAUGUGGGUACAUUGCUUGGAAAAAUCAAUUCACAAGACAAGCCUUAGAUGAAGGUUGGGUGCCCGUUGUGUCUGCAAUGGUAAUUAGCAGUGCUGGAGGCUUAAUAUUAGAUUAUACAGUUUCAAAAUAUAAAGGAGUUGCAGUAUUUCAAUUAGUAAUAAAUGGUAUAGGUGGUAACAUGGUAGCUGUGCAUGCUUCAAGGUUGUCAACAUCGCUACACACGGGGCAGAAAGAAAGCUCAGUUAUAGGUAAAACCACUAAAUUGCUGCUGGUGAUGGUUAUUCCUGGGCAGCUAAUAUUCCUCUACACUAUAGGUUUCUUGCGAGCUGGUCACACAUCCCUAACAGUUGUGUUCAUCUUAGUUUACAUGACUGCAGCUCUAACUCAAGUGUUUUUGCUGCUCACAAUCAGCUACUAUAUGGUGAUGUGGAUGUGGAAACUGGGUAUGGAUCCAGACAACUCUGCCAUACCAUACUUGACUGCACUGGGUGACCUGCUUGGUACUGCCCUGUUGGGCUUAGCUUUUAUUGUUCUUGAUUUCAUAGGCGAUAAAGAUGCUGAUGUUGGGGAUUGAAUGAAAAAUUAUAGCCACGAGAGACUUUAUAUUGCAAAAAGUAUUAGUACUUGUUUUUAUUAUAAACCUAUUGAUUUCUUAUCUUUUGCGCCAUGGCCAAUGCAAAUUGAAAAACUAAUAAAGUUGUUUCACUUGCAAUUUUUUUGUGUUCACAUUGUAUACUCAUAUGUGAAAUUAUAUUAUGUAUUUCAAGUUUUCUGUUACAUAUUAAAUUUGAAAUGUUAAAAAUACUUUUCACUGCCAUUUUGUGCAAAAAUAUUAAUAGGAAUGUUGUGAAAAAUGUACUAUAUAAUUUAAUUAAAUAGGUACAAGGUACUUAUGUAAAUCUUCUGCCUCUUGUACUUCAUUAUAGUUAUUAUAAUGUUUGAAUUUUAAGAAGGAAUGUUUCAUGUACUUAUUUAUGUAGGACUUGUAUAGCUGCAUUGGCUGUCAUCAACAUCACAUCACGGAAUUUGUGUAAAUAUUUACUGUAAUUAUAAGGAAUGUUUCAUAUUGGUGCUACACUUUUAAAAGUCAUGUCUAUUUUUAUAUGUAUACAAAAAUGCAAUAUACACUAAAAAAUUAUUAUUACUUAUUACAAAUGUAAAUAAAAAACCUGACUCUA